AUGUCCAAUCUAGAUGAUUUCGUGGAACAUUCAUCUGGGCCGUCCAUACCGCCCCGCUACUCUUCAUCAGGUGCUUAUCGUGGAGCAGCGCAGGUUCCAACUACAGGAGGAGGGGGUAUCGAGAAUGUAGGAUAUGAAGGUUUCGAGGUGGAUGAUGGUGAGGAAGAAGACCAGGAUACAGGUAUGGUUAGAGCUCUCGAGACAGGAUUCAUACCAUCGUCACAGACCCCCUCAUCUCUACCACCAUUGUUCUCGUUAUCCCUCGUCCAGUAUUCUCCCCCAUCUUCCCUUACUCAUCUUCGAGCAGCCAAUAACCUUUUAUUCCUCGCCGCUGCCCCUCUCUCAAUCGUAAUCAUCGACUUGGAAAAUCCUGAAGAUUUAGUUACGAUUGAUUUACCGAAACCUGCACCUGAGAAGGGAAGUCCUGCACUCCAAGUAACACCGACUAUCGACAAAUUAUAUGCCGAUCCUACAGCCAGACAUCUAUUGAUAACCACCAACACAGGGGAUACAUUCUACCUACCUAUAAGUCCUGGAAAUGCUGCUGUGCAAUCUAGACGACUUAGACCUCUGAGAUUGCGACAGAGUAUAACGGCUGUGGGAUGGUCACCUAUCUCAGGAAGUACCUCUUCAGAAAGUAACGGUCAAGAUACUGGUAGCCAGCCUCAUGGCAAAGGAGAUAUAGUUACUCCACCUUCAACAGAUGUUCUCCUGGGAACCACGACAGGUCAAAUACUCUCGUUACCCCUUCCUCCCCAGGACGAUAUCUUCAAAUCCGUAUCGAUAGGGAUGAGUAAACCAACUGAGAAAGACCUACAGACUGUUUAUUCGCUACCUGAUCAACAGCCUGUCACUGGUAUUGGAUUUGGUUUCUGGCCCACUGGUUCAUCUGGAAGUGGAUCUAACAAGAAGAAGGGGACGGAAAAGAAAGCCUGGGUCGUCAUCACUACGAAAGAAAGGAUGUAUGAGAUCCAGGGUUUGGUCAGCUCUACUACUGCUGGAGGAAAAGGUGGUGGAUGGACUGAAGAGGUCUUCAAGCCGCUGAGAGAUGGUACACCUAAAUUCCAAGAACUGCCGGGAGAUCCACCAAAUUCCUCUUUGAAAUUCUACAUCCCUUCGGUUGAAGGUCAAUCGGCUUCAUCGCUUCCACCUGCUUCUGCACUAGUUUGGCUGACCGCUCCUGGUCUAUACACAUCGAGCAUUGCAACCUCCCUCUCAUCCGAUAUCCUUACGAAACCUUCUUUGAUCCCGUAUCCAUCAUUUGAUGAUCCGUCCACACCGGCAUUCAACCGAAACGCAUCUUCCAAUUCGACCUCGACUCCACCUACACCUAUCGCCGUCUCGAUUACUCAGUGGCACUGGCUCUUACUGUAUCCUAAUAGAAUAGUCGGCAUAUCGAGAGAAACGGAAAAGGUAGUUUGGGAUGAACACUUACCUCUGUCUGCCGAGGAGAAGGCGAUUGAUCUCUCAGCCGAUCCUGUGUCUCGGACAUUCUGGAUCUACACCGAUAGAUCCAUACUCGAAGUGUUGGUGCGAAACGAGGAUCGUGAUGUGUGGAGAGCGAAAUUGGAGAAAGGGGAAUACUCAGAUGCGUUAACUUUCGCUAGAACAUUACCUCAGAAAGAUAUCGUGCUCUCCAGACAGGGCGACUCCCUUUUCGAUCAAGGUCGAUAUAUCCAAGCUGCUCAGUGCUAUGCGAAGUCUAGUCGAAGUUUCGAGUUUGUGACUUUGAGAUUCAUCGACGCGGAUGAGAGGGAUGCAUUGAGAAUGUACCUCGCCGACAGAUUGGAUUUGCUCAACAAGAGAGAUCGUACGCAGCGGAUGAUGCUUGCAACAUGGCUUGUUGAGAUAUACCUUAGUAAAUGUAAUACUUUAGAAGACAUUGUCGCCGCCGAAUCAGCUAUCUCAGAUGUGGAGAGUUUGACUAUGGAAAGAAAGUUGAUGGAAGAGGAUCUGAAGAAUUUCAUCACGACGUAUCAGAACGAUCUUGAGCCCAAAGUGGUAUAUGAGCUCAUACUGUCGCACGGUCGAAUGGAUCUUUACCUGUUUUAUGCCAACCUCAACAAAGAUCACGGGAAGGUAGUGGAACAUUGGGUGACAGAAGAGAAAUGGCUGAAAGCUAUUGAUGUGUUAAACAGGCAGGACUCCGUGGACCUGUACUAUCGUUUCGCAUCCAUCCUCAUGAGAAACGCCCCCAAAGAGACUGUCGACUCAUGGCUUCGACAAUCAUCGCUCUCACCUCGCCGCCUUAUCCCAGCAUUGUUACAGCAGCAACAGCGGAAAGAACCUAUCUCAUCUAAUCACGCAAUACGGUAUCUACACUAUGCCAUACAUAAUCAAGGAUCAACCGAUACGACCAUCUACAAUCUUCUCCUAAAUUUCUACGCAUCUGAUCCAGAUCCAGAUGACGGCCCAUUGCUGCGGUUCCUCUCAUCUUGUCCUGAUGAUCCCGAAACCGAAAAGCCAUAUUACGAUUUGGAUUAUGCGUUAAGAACGUGUAAACAACAUGGACGAAUACAACCUUGCGUUCAUAUAUACUCCAAACUUGGUUUAUACGAAAGCAGUGUUGAUUUAGCUUUAGAGAAAGGGGAUUUGGAAUUGGCAAAGAUCAAUGCGGAUAGACCUGAUGACGAUGAUACGCUGAGAAAGAAAUUGUGGUUGAAAAUUGCUAGAUAUGUGGUCCAGGAGCAGAAAGAUAUCAAGAGUGCUAUGAAAUUCCUCGAAUCGACCGAUUUGAUCAAAAUUGAGGAUAUCUUACCUUUCUUCCCUGACUUUGUCGUUAUCGAUGAUUUCAAGAAUGAAAUUUGCAAUGCACUUGAAGAAUACUCGGCAAGGAUCGACGAGCUUAAAGCCGAGAUGGACGAAGCUACAGCCUCCGCUGAGUCGAUUCGACGUGAUAUCGAAGGUCUGGCAAAUAGGUUUGUGACCGUGGAACCUGGAGAUAAAUGUUGGAAAUGUGGUGUUGGCUUGACGAUCAGACAGUUCUACGUGUUUCCUUGUCAACAUUUUUUCCAUGCUGACUGUUUGAUAUCAAUGGCCAUGGAAUUCCUUCCUGCACCAUCGUUACGGCGUAUCCUCAGGCUACAGGAUGAACUAGUAUCCAGAUCAUCCGAUCCCUCCACUCGAGCAUUGUUAUCGUCAAACUUCAGUCCAUCCCAUUCCGGUACUGGAACACCGAGACAUACAAAGGGUCAGAACAGUCAAGUGGUAACUUCCGGAUCGACCACUGCGGAUUUACUCUUAGGUCUGGGAGGUCGAAAUAAGCUUAUAGCUGCUGGAGAUAGACUACGAGAAAUGAUCAUACCCGAUGCACUAGCUCAAGCAGUCUCAGUGGUAGGUGCUGGUGUAGGUGUGGGAUCAGGUAGUGGAGGAUUAAGCAAGAAGAAGAAAUUAGAGAGGAUCGAUGAAGGUAGAGCAGAAGAGUUGAGGAAGGAACUAGAUGAUUUGGUGGCUUCUGUAUGUCCACUCUGCGAAGGGUCGAUUGUGGGCUUGGAUAAGGGGUUUAUAGCUCCCAAUGAGGAUAUACGAGAUUGGGAGGUUUAG